CAGACCAGACCAGACCAGAGACCACGACCACGACCACAACCACGACGAAGAUCAGAUCGGGCGUCGCCACAUUUUGCUUUUCCGCCAGGCCAAAAAUAAACCAAAGUCAUCGCACCGACGAAUUAAAUCUAAUAAAAAGUCUGCAAAAAAUAGAAAAUACAUUUCCAUCUGCCAGCGCAUUGAUUCAGUGUCAAGUGGAAGCUGCGUAGUUGUCCGUUUGGAAAAUUGUCAGGCCAAAACAUUUUUCAUGUCUUGCCAAAAUCUUAGCUGCGUUCAGGCCAACGACGUAAACAGCUGCCGCCGCACUCGCCAAGCGGCGAUGUCAGCACUUUAACGCAACGAUAACGAAUAAGAAAAACACACACACAUUCUACACACACAAACCCACCGGAUAGUGAAAAUAUCGGGAAGAAAAAUAAAAACAGAGAAAAUUAAUAACUCAUCGUGCGCCGGCAGAGAGUCAUUCGGGAGUGGAACAACUUUCCGGAGGCAAACAACAAAAACUUGAAAAAAUUGAUUUCCUUAGCCUUUUGCCAGCACCAACUGCAUGGGUAAAGUUAUGAGAGUGAAUUCGUUACCGCCGCCCGCCCACGACUGCCACGCCCACGCCCGCUCCAAGCAACAACAACAACAUCAGCAGAGGGAAAAACAAUUGAAAUUGAAGAAAAUCGAAAUCUAUUUUAUGUUCAGCAAUUUGUGCAAGAGAAAAACUUUAACGGAGUAUAAUUUAUUGACACUAAACCGAAGCCCGGAAAGUGAGUGAAUUACCACCGCAGUGCAACCGCAGCACAGAGUGACAGUGAUUGUAAAGUGUUAAUAAAUAUCAAUUUUUUUAAAAGAAAUAUUAAGUGAAUUUUUUGUUUUAAAAUAAGCACAAACCCUUAAAUAGCACCGAAAAUACUUGACUUUAGUUAGAGAUUUUUAAAAGCGGAGCGUGGGCGGUCAGCGUAUCAAGGAUAUCUGGAUCAGAGUAUCAAUUAACCGCCGAUCGAAAUGGUAGGAGUUGCGGCAGACGCCUCACAGGCGAACCAGCUUUCCUCGGCAAAGAAUCCCAUGAUCAAGUACAUGCUCAAGACCCGGGAGAACCAUGCCCGGGAGCAGGAUGAGGACUACUCGCACGUCUUCCGCCGGAAGACGCGGUUCGAGAUGUUCCGGCUAUCCGCCAUUGCCAUGGCCAUUGAGUUUGCCUACGCGGCGGAGACAAGCUUCGUGUCCCCGAUCCUUUUGCAGAUCGGUGUGGAUCAUAAGCAUAUGUCCAUGACCUGGGGACUGUCUCCCUUGAUAGGAUUCUUUGUGUCCCCAUUGUUGGGAAGUAUUAGUGAUCGGUGCAAGCUUCGUUGGGGUCGCCGGCGACCGAUAAUAUCGAUAUUGUCCUUCGGUAUCCUUUGCGGCCUGAUCCUGGUGCCAUAUGGCAAGGAUCUGGGUGUGCUGCUGGGUGACGUAGGCUACACUUACCAGGAUACAGCUUUGAAUAUCACCAACACAAUUGGAGAUGGAGCAGUAGCUGCCUUGGUUUCGAGUAAAACCGACUCUGGACCGUCAGCCUCUGACUUUAAGUUUGCCGUUAUCCUUACGAUCCUGGGAAUGGUUCUGCUGGACUUCGAUGCAGACACCUGCCAGACACCGGCUCGUACCUAUCUGCUGGAUAUGUGUGUGCCCGAGGAGCAGCCAAAGGCGAUGACCAUGUUCGCGCUUUUUGCUGGAUUCGGUGGAACCAUUGGCUAUGCCAUCGGAGGCGUUGACUGGGAGAAGACGCACAUUGGCACCUUUAUGGGAGGAAAUAUACCAACUGUAUUCACCUUGGUGACCAUUAUAUUUGUGAUUUGUUACCUUAUCACGGUGACCACCUUCCGGGAGAUUCCUCUGCCCCUCAUCGAACAGGAUGAGUUGCUACGUCCACUUUCCGAGCAAGCCAUCAAACGGGAACUGAAGAAGAAUAACAAUGCCAUCUACUACAUCCAGGAGACCACACAGCUAGAGCUCCAGAUGGCCGCCGAUGAUCCCAAGCGAGUGGAGGCCCUGCAGGGAAGCUACCAGAAUGGCUACUCACCGUCUUUGGCCAAGCAAAGCAAGGCCCAGGAUGUGGAGUUGCAGUCCAGUGCGGAAGCACCAGUAUCCCUGAAAUCCUAUCUGAAGAGCAUCUUCAUCAUGCCCUACUCGAUGCGGAUGCUGGCCCUCACCAAUCUCUUCUGCUGGAUGGGCCACGUCACCUACUGCCUGUACUUCACGGACUUUGUGGGCGAGGCAGUUUUCCAUGGGGACCCAAUGGCUCCUCCCAACUCAGAGGCUGCCCAGAAUUACGAGGAGGGAGUCCGCUUUGGUUGCUGGGGCAUGGCCAUAUAUGCCUUCUCUUGCUCCAUUUACUCGCUGUCUGUGACAAAGUUGAUGAAGUGGUUCGGAACCAAGGCUGUGUAUAUAAGUGGCAUGAUCUACUAUGGCAUUGGAAUGCUAAUCUUGGGCUUGUGGCCCACAAAGUGGGGUGUCUUGGUGUUCAGUACCGCGGCGGGGAUUCUUUAUGGAACAAUAUUUACGGUGCCUUUCAUUCUGGUGGCCAACUACCAUGCCAAAAAUUGUUUCUGUGUGAAAAAUGGCGAGACUGUGCCACUGAAACAGGCCCGAGGUCUGGGCACCGAUGUGGCCAUUAUCAGCAGCAUGGUCUUUAUUGCCCAGCUGAUUGUGUCGCUCUCCGUGGGACCACUCGUCUCCUGGAUGGACACCACCUGUGCCGUGCUCUACGCCUCCACCUUCCUCUCCUUCUUGGCGGCCAUUUCGGCCAUGUUUGUGCUAUAUGUCUAAAGAGCGAUUGAUUAAUACACCGAUAUAUCCAUACAUGAAUUUUACGUAGCGUAAUUCUUAGCUAGCUUUGUAUCUUUGCCUACUUUCUGGCAGUAUCUGCGACUGCACUCGAAAUGUUGUGGCAUACUUUAAGGACGAUGUGUUACGAUAAUUUUAUUUGCUUAACGAAGUUAUACUUUUUAUUUG